AUGUCCACCGAUUUCGUCAAAGGGUGCACAAGAAUCCUGGUUCUCAAUCCAAACUCGUCCUACCAGAUGACAAUGGGACUGGCGCGGGCUAUCAAGGACAUGGAGCUAUCCCAAUCCGUCGCAAUUCAUACAUACACCGCUCCUAGUGAAAGCCCACUGAGCAUCAACGACAGUGCCGACCUCGAGAAAAGUACCGAUGUGGUCCUUCAUGACUUGAGAACUACGUCAUUGCUUGGGGGGUUCGACGCAGUGUUGGUAGCUUGCUUCAGCGUCCAUCCAUUAGUCUCGGUGCUACAGAUGAACUAUCGGUUUCCCGCGGACAUCAGCGUGACAGGCAUAUUCGAGGCCAGCAUCUUGACGUGCCUUUCGCUGCUGCAGCCGGGGGAGCAGUGGGGAAUUGUGACGACGGGGAAAUUCUGGGAAGAGCAUCUGACACGGGGCGUAAACACCUUUUUGGGCGUACAACCUGGGUCAGCCAAUGCCAAGUUUGCCGGAGUCGAAUCAACCGGUCUGAACGCUAGCGACUUCCACGGCGGCGUCGAGCCCGACAUUAUUCGUGAGAAAAUGGGGCAGGCCACUAGGAGGCUUCUGAGAAAAGGGAACAUAAGUUGUGUCGUGAUGGGCUGCGCGGGUAUGGCCGGAUUGGAGGAUAUCAUCCGUUCGGCGGCAUCUGAGGAGUAUGAUGUACCACGAGCCUGCGAGCUCCGCAUCGUUGACGGAGUAAGGGCUGGGAUCGGCUUGUUAGAGCAAAUGACCCGCAACAAGCGAGCUUUCAAACAAAAGAAUGAUUAA